CCAUUAGACCACGAGUCUCCGCCUCUUCCUGUGACAUCAUGCCUACCAGGAACUACUCCAUUCUACUCAAGACCCUAAAGGAGACGGGGAGGAGUCAUUGUUCAGGCUGCAGUAACGUAAUAUGAAGUCGUGACAUCACUUGAUUCUUCUCCUAGAACUUCCUAGAUCACAUGACUCGGUGAAGAUGGACAAGGACAAGAGCCACGUGAAUGAGGAUAUAUUGAACCUCACCCUAGAGAUCAUCUACCUGCUGACUGGAGAGGAUUACAUAAUAGUGAAGAAGAAAUCAUGCGAGUCUAAAAUGCACAGCAGUGUGUCUGCCCGAUGGAAGAGAGCCAGAAGCCCCAUCGUGCCUCCUCCUCACUCACUGAUAAAUGAGAGACACCAUGAUCAAAAGAUAAUAGAACUCACCAACAAGAUCAUUGAGUUGCUGACUCCAGAGGAUUGUGAGCUUCUAGAUGACGACAAUGAACUGUACCAGCCCCUGCCAUCACCAGAUGAAUCCAGUGGCAGAAGUACACCGGAGGAAAGUCAGAGUCCUCUGUCUUCUCAGGAUUGUUCAGAAGAAAAUCAAGAUGUUCCUCCAGUCAGUCAGUGUGAUGAUAUGAUUGAUAUCAAAAUUGAAGUUGUAGAGGAAGAAGAGGAAGAGGAGGCAUUUCUGGUGGAGGAUAGACAAAUUAAGGAAGAGGAAAUUGCUGUAGAUAUCGACACAGUUCUGCAUGGAAAUGUCUCAGAUGAGCAGGCCCCAUUAUCCUCAGAUUGUAAAAGUGAAGAUAAUGAAGAUUCUCCUGGAGAAAACUCCAGUACACCUCAAGUCCUUGAUACUACAGAUCAGUCUCCUGAGUCAUCACAUCACGAGGGACAUUCUUUUGAUGGGUCGUAUGUUGAAAGUAGAGGUGCAGAUCAGAAAAGGGACAAAAUCUAUUCAUGUUCUGAAUGUAGCAAGUGUUUCACAACAAACUAUUUCUUGCUUCGCCAUCAGAAAAUGCACUCAAAAAAGUCUCUGUUCUCAUGCACUGAGUGUGGAAAAUGCUUUACCCAUAAAUCAGAACGUGCUCGACAUGAAAGAAUUCACACCGGAGAGAAACCUUUUCCAUGCUUUGAUUGUGGAAAAUGUUUUCCCCACAAAUCAGAACUUGUUCGGCAUGAGAGAAUUCACACAGGUGAGAAGCCCUUUUCAUGUUCUGAUUGUGGGAAGGGUUUCAGGCAGAAAUCUGACUUUCUUAAACAUCAGAGAAUUCACACGGGUGAGAAGCCGUUUUCUUGCUCCGAAUGCGGGAAAUAUUUUACGCAAAAGUCUAACCUUGUUGAACACCAGAAGAUUCACACUGGGGAAAAGCCGUUUUCAUGCUCAAUUUGUGGAAAAAAUUUUGCAAGGAAAGCUGAGCUUGGUAAACAUCAGAGAAUUCACACAGGGGAGAAGCCAUUUUUAUGUUCUCAGUGCGGGAAACGCUUUACCCACAAAUCAGAACACAUUCGACAUGAGAGAAUUCACAAGGGGGAGAAGCCAUUUUCAUGUUUUGAGUGCGGAUAUAGCUUUGCAAUGAAAUCAGAACUGGUUAAACAUCAAAGAAUUCACACUGGGGAGAAGCCAUUCUCAUGUCCUGAUUGUGGAAAAUGCUUUACGCAGAAGUCUACGCUCGUCACUCAUCAGAGAACUCACACAGGAGAGAGGCCGUUUACGUGUUUAGAGUGCGGAAAGGGUUUUACCCAGAAAUCGGACCUUGGGAAACAUCUGAGAAUUCACACGGGAGAGAAGCCGUUUUCUUGCUCUGAAUGUGGGAGAUGUUUCAUAAGGAAACCUGAACUUGUCACACAUCAGAGAUCUCAUCAUAAAUAUGAGAACACUGGCACAGUGUUAGAUGAAUAGAAAUGUAAUCUUGGUUCCAGCAUUGAAAGCUCGUAAAUAAGCUAUUUCCAUUGGUUAACAGUUUUACCACUUCGGUUUCAUUUAUUCUAUUCUUGGAAAAUAACAUUGGAGGUUGUUAAUGUAUAAGACAUUAUCUUCAAACUAGAAACCUGUAGCUUCAUCACAAGGUUUCUUCCAAGCUGAAGA